UAACUUCAACCGUUAACAAGUUAGGUCAAAACCAUUCAGCUGUUAACCUCUUCAUCGGUAAAUAAUAGGGUUUUACUCCUUUGUUUUCAACCUGCAUCCCACUUCACUUUCACCAUCAAACAAUCUUCAAAGGAAUUUCGCCUCACUUCUUGCCGCCCAAAAUCUCAGGAUGAAGUAUCUAAAACCAUAUCCGAUGUUUGAAUACCUAAUGAAGCUCGAGGGUUUCAAACAGAGACCCUUGCUUGGGAUGGACGUUGGAAAAACAUGCAUAGGGGUCUCUGUUUCAGAUCCAAGCCAUCAAAUCGCUCAGCCUUUGAGGAGUUUCAACUCGGAAUAUGACAAUCUCCAAAAAGAGAUCGGAGAGCUCAUUUCCUCCCAUAAUACAUCAGGUCUAGUGCUUGGGUGGCGUACUUAUAACAUGAAGCCUACCGAGAACGCUCUACUGGUAGCACAAUUUGCUAAGACGCUACAACAAAGGCAUGAUUUCGGUGAUCUUCACUUUACCGUUUGGGAUGCGAAUUACGCAACUAAGAGUGCGGAACUCCUCAUCAAAAAGUUGAAUUACUUACCCGGUGAAGAAAAAGGCGAUCUACAGAUGCUUGCUUCCUCUUGUAUUCUACAGGGCUAUUUGGAUUUUCUGAAUUGUGACAAAUCUCGUCUCAAGCCAUGGAGCCUCAAGCUAUGGAGCCCUGAUCUUGAUGAGUAACAAGCUUAUAUUUCAUUUAACCAAAAUUGAAACAGUCAUCUAUGUACAAACUUAUGUAAAAGCUUUUUAUGAUUUCUGCACUUUCUUUUGCCAAAGUAGAAUGAAAAAGUAGAAAAUCUUCAUAUCUACAUCAUCUAAUCCUUACAUAAAUUAAAACA